UCUGCUAUUUGUAAACUCGCUGGCUGCUACCGCAAAAUCGCACGCACACACGCAGUCUGCCAAAAAAAUGUCCGCCACGGCGAUGCUUCGUCGGCUCGUUCUCCAGGGUACGCAAACCCUGGCGGCCGGCACGAGGCCGGCCGCGGCCAGCUGUCAGCUGAUGAUCAGCCGCGAUUACUAUAAGCCCAAGUACGUGCCCAAGCCCGGCAUAAAAGGCAAGUCUUAUCGGCGAAUCGUUCACUUCAAGGAUGAGUACACGGUCGAGCCAUUGGAGGUUACGAAUCUCGCUGGUCGAGAUCCGGUGACAGGUCGAGUUGUAGCCAAUGGUAUCGGUGGUGGAAUCAAACACAAGUACCAUUGGAUCAACUGGCGUCGAGAUGGACCUACAGACCUCAACGAAAAACCAAAGGAAGAAAGAGUAUUGGAAGUACUGUUCGAUGGUUGUCGUACCAGUCACGUUGCUCUAGUUGGAUCUGGUAAAGAACUCUACUACAUUCUUGCUACCAUCAACAUGAAAGAAGGAGAUAUAUUGAGAACUCACAGAGGUGUACCAAGAAUACCUAUAUUUCCCAACGAAGGCGAUUGUUAUCCUCUGGGAGCACUUCCCGUUGGCACGCUUGUUAAUUGCGUUGAAAAGUAUCCUGGCCUUGGUGGUUUCCUUAUUCAUGCUGCUGGCUGUUGCGGCACUAUAACUGAGAAACAAGGCGACAGAGUCAUUGUUAAAGUACCUAGUAAAAAACCUUUUAGUCUUGAUAAACACUGUAUGGCAACCGUUGGUCGUUUGUCAAACGAACUCCAUGGUGUCACCCCUAUUGGCAGUGCCCAAAGGAAUCGAGAAUUAGGAAACAGACCAAGAAGUGGAUUGUGGCAAAGGAAAACUGGCAGGCAUGGAAGAAAAAUUAAGCCACCACCCAGAGUUAGAGCAUUCGAUCCAUAUGAGCCACAGAUAGAUAACACCAUACAGUUGACGUUGAAUGGCUUAUAAGCAAAUCUAAAGAUUUGUUGUGAAUAUUAUUAAUGUACGUUACAGUUAAGUCUAUUUUUACAGUUUUUCUUUGAAAACUUCUCAUAGAAUUUGUAAAAUAAAAACUUUAAGUUUACAUUGUUCUGAAAAUUGUUUUUAAUUGAUCAUGAAGUUAUUCUAUUGCAAUACUAUACAAAUCUUUUAUAAAAUAAAAUUGUAAUUGCUAGAAUCAAGAAAGUUGUUUUUUUAAAGUAAUUGAGGUGUUCAUAUGUUAUUAUAGUGAAAAGAAAGAUUGUUUUCAAUUUUACUGGACGUAUUUAGAUUUAUUGUCUUUGAGUUCGAUGAAUUAUCAUGUAGAAUCUUCUUGAAUCACAAUAAUUUGAUGCUCAUUAUAUUUACCAUAUUGUCUAAGACAAACAAUAGCCAUUUCAUUGCAAGCAGAUUCAUAAAAUAAUUUUCUUUGGUAAAACAAUAUGUGCUUCAUUCGAAUACUAUUGGAAAAAGUAUAAAUGCAUAGAUUCAAAAAUAUACUCAUAUUUUAUGAUAAGCACUGGAUUAUCAAUUCAAGAUUGAUAGUUUGCACACACAUUGAUUUACAGGCAGUGUCUUGAAUGAUAUGACGUCAAUCUCAUUAAAAUGCUCCUCACACUUUCUCUAUAUAUUUGUGUACAAAGUGAAUUAAUUAUUGUCAACAAAGCAAUAUUUGGAGUUAUCUCAAUGUAUACCUUAGACUUUUCACUUCACGAGUGUAAACAAAACAAAAAAUGCCCAUAAUGUACUUCUAUGCACUGCGUUCAGCGCUAAUUGAAAUAUCAUUUUUAUUAAAAUUGAUCUCUUAGGUUUUCUCAACGACACAAUUAAUAGAACUGUAUAGAACAGGAUUGAACACUGUUGAAUAUCUUAUUUUUUACAAAACAUUGAUAUAAUUCAACAUUAUAUUAUAUAUAAUAAUAUAUAUAUGAGGCGGUCGCCGCUUUCAAAAAUAGCUCGCUCUUUAUCACAUCUCAAGCCUUUUCCUCCAGCACAAGCGUCGCGCUCUCUUCGCGAUAUCACUCGCGUUUGAAAAAAUAUAUACUUUGCUCAUAUACUUUUAUAUAAUUUAAAAUGUACAACAAUUCCAACACGACUCGUGUAAUAUAUUCCUCGAAGCAGUUUACAAUCAUCAACGCAGUCUCUCGCUCUCUCUAUUUUUUAAUAAAAUUAAAAACCGCAGACUCAGCAACAAUUGCACGUGUUCUUGGAUUAAAAAGACAAAUGAAUAAAAAUUAAAAAAAAAAA